UAGCUCUAUCUCUCCCCCAAACAGAAUCCAACAGCCCCAUCUCCCCAAAAAUGGAAUCCGCAAAUCCCUGCCGUUUUCUCGUGAUAUGUGCAAUCCUGGCCGCCCAUUUGGCGCUCUGCUCGUCCACGGCCCUUGAUUUCAUUGGCGGAGACCACCGCCAGCUGGGCUUAGUCCCGAUUCAGCAGGAGUGCCGCGGCUCGAUCGGCGAGUGCUUGCUCGCUGGUGGGGACGCGGGAUUGGACCUGGAAUUGGAGGAGUUCGCGAUGGACUCGGAGAGCACCCGGCGCAUCCUGGCCACCAGGCAGUACAUAAGCUACGGUGCGCUGAGGAGGAACAGUGUGCCCUGCUCGCGACGUGGCGCGUCCUACUACAAUUGCCGACCUGGCGCUCCGGCCAAUCCCUACACUCGCGGCUGCAGUGCCAUUACUCGCUGUAGGCGCUGAAAAUUUUUAGUUUUUAAUUAUAUUUUCCCAAUAUAAUAUAAUUUCUUUUUGCUUUUGUUUA